AAUCAAGUGGGAUAUUGUGGUUCAUAUUUGUUUAAAGAGAAAGGAACUAAAAGAACAACCUCAAGUGCUUCCUAAAAAUUUGAAACCGUAAACUGCAAUGUCAACAUGCCUAUCUGGUACUGUAAUUCUGUUGUUUGCACUUAUUCCUUCGACAGGAAUAAUGCUGCUAUAAUGGCUGGCUGAAGUAAAUACUGUAUGUACAGUACUGAAGCUUUAAUAGCACUCACCCAGCGUUUGAAGCACUAUUGUUUCCAGUGCUACAAGCUCUUGUGUCUGCUGCUGGAAUGCCUGAAAAAGAUCAAUCAAAGCAAUUUUAAAUCUGCUUUCCAGCAGCUAUACACUGAUGACUCAACUUAUCAGCAUUCCUACAAAAUAAAAGCAUUGCCAGCAGAAAAGCUGGGGUAGUGGAGCUACUGCACCUUUUAGCAUUCUGAUAUAAGAGCUUAACUGUGUGGGCAUAGUAAAGCCUUUUAAUAUAAAGACUUCAAAUGAAUGGGGGAAAAUCCUAUGCUCUGUGUAGGAAGAAUGGUCACUGGUUUAUAGUUAAUCUGUGAUGUUCAUGUUGUGUAUUUCGUACAGCAUCACUUUGAAUGAACCCAGGUUGAAAGGUAAUAGCUUUUACAUCACAGCUCACACAAAGCAGGCAAAUGGAAAGCAGAGGCUACUAACUGUAUCAAACUUGUGUAAUUUAACAUUGCAGCCUGUUGCAAUAAGUUUACCAUCUGUGUCUGACUCUUCUCACCUACUGGAAAUACUGGGGUUGGUUUAGGCGAGGGGUGGUGCCUGGGUAGGGUGUGCAAGAGGCAGGGCAUGACAUUGAUUACACCGUGGUCACGUAGCUUGUUUGUAAUUUGGUCAUAAACCGAUUCUCUUGCUGUUCCUUGAAUUUGUCUGACGAUUUCAGCGUCUGCCCUUACCGAAAGAAGGUUCGGAAUCUGGUCGUAUCUCUUGUUAGACAUUUUCGUUGCCGUCUUGUAACCCUUAUUGGUCACCCUUGCAUGUUUUUUUUUCUGGUUUCGCACCAGCCCCUUGAGAAACAUCAACACACUCACUUGCUGCUGUGAAUUCUUACAUACAGCCUCUCAAGGUAAUGUCUAGAUAGGUUAAUGUGUGGAAGGGGUCUUAAAUUCACCAAAUUAUCCUUAUCCUUUCUACCAACAACAAAUUAUGUCAACAUGGUUCUUAAUAGGGCAGACAAAGCACAUGAUUAAAAUAAGUGGAUUCAACAUUGGACUUGACAAUGGUCCCCCCCCAAAUCUUAUCUGCAACAUCAUGUAAACGUUAUGUCAAAUUUUAACAAAAGGCGACUUCACAAACAAUAGACCUAUAUUUAAACUGUUGAUUAUUCAUUUUGUCUAUUAAACCUUAGAAAAUUGUGGAAAAUGUCCAAAACAAAUUUCCAGGAGGACGACAUCUUUUAAUUGCUUGUUUUGUCCCAACAACCACUCCAUGACCAGCAGAUUUCAAACUGACUAUUAUACAAGCCAAAGAAAAACAGCAAAAGCCUUAGUGUAAAAACACUGUUAUUUCUGCUUGGAAAACUAGUAGCAAUUAACCAAUUAUUAAAAUAGUUAUGUUGUUGCUGCUAUACAGCAGUUGAAGAUGUCUUUUCUCCCAAAAGCCUCACAAUGGCACUUUAAUCAGUUAUUAACAACUGAGUAAAUUCCAUGAAAACCAAAAGUCUAGUUGUAGUUUACUUACGUUGCUCUUAGUGUCUAUGGCAGGCUCUUGUGGGUUAGUGCAGGCAUGGGCUAUUUUAAUGACAUGCUCCAGCUUCCUGGGCUGCUCCUCAACUUUUGCUGCCAGGAACAACGUAGUCUGAGAAAUGACCUAGAGAGAGAAAACCCUCCGUCAGUUUUCAUAGUCGGUACCACCAGUAAUUAUGGUAUCAGCCAACACUGCAGUGGUCCUCCGGCUCGCUCAAUCCACAUGGGACAGAUUCCUCGCGGACGCAGGGCGCAGAGCAGCAGCUUUGUUCGACUCCAGCGCGAGGACAGCUGUCGUGAACUCCACCGGGAUUUAGUAAUUAGAGUCCAGGUGUGGCUAUUUCACGACGUCGCGAAUUGGAGCCAGAUGUGAAUUUUUUUCUAUUGCUUAGGCUAUCCAGACUGAGCGCAUCAGGUUUGUCAGCAUAACAUAACCUAGUACCGGUUACCACCUUCAAAAUAAAUAGCCAGGUUAUUUGACGGAAACUGCAAAUUUCAACUUGAAAACAUUUAGUGAUGAAAGUAGAAUUAGCUUCUUACUUAGCCUACGUAAAAGUAGCCUUUCAAUUCAACAAUAUAGGCUACAAUUACGUAACAUAAUUAAAAGUAAAGUUAAGCAUUACGAAUUUGACUGAGCAGCAUUUUAACUAUUAACUAAGCAUUUUAAUAGACUAUAAAUAGUGGAAUAAAAAAAUUAGGCUACCCAAUCCUUUGUAAAGGUAGUGUUUGAAAAGUAUAAAGUAGCAUACUCAAGGAAAGUUCCCAAAUUGUAUCAUACUUGAGUUAAUUUUCUUGAGUGUCACCCAAAUUACUACUGCUUUUUGAGUAACAGAAGGUAAUAAAAACCAUGUUUGACUCUUAAAUAACGUAAUGAUAAAGCAUCUAGCCAUUAUUUGCAACAAAAAAACGAAACAAAAAAACACACACACAAAUGGCUCAGAUGUAUUGUAUAUUUGAACAAAAUAGACAUUUUCGCAUUCUUUUUUUCAGUUGACAAAUAGGCGUUUGUUUUGAAGUUCACAUCUCCUAAUUUCCGGUAUUGUUUCACCUUACAGUGUGUAAUUUGGCGCUAGUAGACUUGCAUCCCUGCACGGAGUCUCCCUCCUCCCCUCACUGUCUCUGGGUGUCUCCCCAGUUGAAAGUCUGCACUUAUCGCCCAGGUGUGACAUUUUUGGAGUGCCUCAUUGGAACCGCAACCUGCUGAGAAGAUGACGGACUCUACAUUCCCGGACUCCACCGCCGUCCCGGACCAGGUUGUAGUAGACCCCACGGCGUUGAACGGGCAGUGCGAGGAGACGGGCUCCCGGCAGCAUCAGCAGCAGCCCAACACAGAAAGCCAGGGAGAGGGUUUCAAGAUGGACCAGGAGAUGAAGAUAACAGACAGCAUAGAGGACGGAGGUCUUCUGGAAAGCAGCAUGCGUCUGAAGCCUCAUGAAGCACAGAGCUACCGAAAGAAAGCUCUGUGGGUGUCUUGGGUGUCCAUAGUGAUCACAAUCAUCCUGGCCAUCGCUGCUUUCACUGUUUCCAUCAUGCGCCACAGUGCUUCAGCUUUUGGAUUUGCUUUUGAUGCCACGCUGGAUGUGUUGUCCUCUGUCAUUGUACUCUGGCGGUACAGCAACGCUGCAGCCGUCCACUCAGCACACCGCGAAUACAUAGCCUGUGUUAUCCUGGGCGUGAUUUUCAUCCUGUCCUCCUUGUGCAUUAUGGGUAAGGCCAUGCAUGACCUGGCCACCAAGCUGCUACCUGAAGUGGAUGACUUCCUGUUCAGCGUGUCUAUCGUCAGCGGCUUGGUGUGCAUCACCCUGGCUGUGAUCAAGUUUAUGCUUGGCAAAGUGCUCACGAGCCGGGCCCUCGUCACCGAUGGAUUCAAUUCCCUGGUGGGGGGAGUCAUGGGGUUCUCCAUCCUCAUCAGUGCUGAAGUGUUCAAGCAUGAACCCCAGGUGUGGUACCUGGACGGGACAAUAGGCGUCCUCAUGGGUCUUAUCAUCCUCGCCUAUGGGGUCAAGCUGCUGCUCGACAUGGUCCCACGGGUCCGACAAACCAGGAACUAUGAGCGUUUUGAGUGACGGACCACUGAGGAAAGAAAGAGGGAGAAGACAAGGGUUUGGGAGGGAUGGAAAGGGGGCUGACAGACUGACUGACUGACUGACAGGAGAGGGACGGGGGUUACAGUUCUAGUUACAGUUUAGUCUCAGACGAUCACAUUUAUUCCCAAAGGUGCCGGCGGAGGCUUCAGUGUCUGUACAGUCCUCCCAUUCAAAGAUUUGAACUGUGUAUCCAGGCUGAUGAUGGCAGUGCGGGUGGAUACAAUUCUUGGCGCCUUUUAAGUGUGUUACAAUUUGGUGUACAUAUUAUAUAUUUAUCUGUCUUUUAACAGUGAAUGGGGCAGUCUGUUCUUUCAUGCCUCCUUAUUUAAACAAGAGGGUUAAAAACAUAGAGGGGGUGAACUGUGAAAGGGAGUUAAACUAACUUAAAAAGGUUUUUGACUCAGUUGUAGUAGAGACUGAGACGAGCUUGGACUGCAGCGUGCAGGAGACAUAUGGACCCAGAGAGUCCAUAACUCCUUAGAAGCAACACAUUUUUGUACAGCAAGUUGAUGUACAGUACCUCAGUUACACCUCAUCGCCCUGUCAAAACACAGCAGUUUAUUUUUUCCCAUGGUUGCCAGAGGCCUUUGCUCAGCUGUGCUAUAAAAUUUUGCAGUGUGGCAGGUCACACUGAUUGAUGUAGCUGAUGUAGCAGUGCAGGAUUAAUGGUGUUUUACCUUUUAUAUGACCAGAGAGGAUAUAUCAAUACAAGGCCCAUUUGGCAUAGGGAGCAGGUAUAUAAACACACACACACACAUACACACACACACACACAAACAAACACAAAGGAUCAGUAACAUGUGAGUUGCUGUUUGCAAUAUUUAUCUAGACUGUUGUGGCGGGAGCAGAAGCCUGGAGUGGGCACAGUUUCAGCAACCUAAUUCCAGUGCCCGCUUACAGUCCUGGAGGAUAAAAAUUUGGCCUCCAUUCACUUAGAGAGUCAUGACCUGACUCGGCAUCCAAUUCACUGAACAUGUAAUAGAAGGAAAAUAGCAAAAGCUAGCUCAGCUACUGAGCUCCAGCUAUUUUCCUUCUCCUUGUGAAAGCUUGAUUAGAGCAGCUUUAAGGUUAUGAGAAAUAUUUUUGAUUUAAACCAAAUUUGUCUUAAAGGUUUGCACUAAGCAAUGUGGACUGAUGUGUAAACGUUAUUGAAAAGUAAAAAAAAAAAUGUUGUUCAUUUCAUUUGUUAGGGACCAUGUACAAUUUUUAACAUAAAUGUUGCCAUUUGAUGCAUUGUACCCAAGUUAGCCUUAGGCUAAUUUACAUCUGCAGUCCAUAGGAAAGGAGGAAGAGGAAAGGCAAUCAAUUGUGUGUAUGUACCCUUAUUUCACAUUACACAACAACUAGAUGAGCAAGACAGAAGGAAAUCAGCAUUACAGUGACUGUGAAAGAAAGAAAGAAAAGGAGAGAGAGAGCUGGUAAGGAAGGAACAGAAAGGAGUGAUUGUGAUAGACAAAAGGGGCAAGCAGACACAGGUUGAACACGCUGCACAAAUCAUGGCUUAAGGUUGCCACCUUUUUUGUUUUUGAAGUUUAAGUGACAAACCCAAGAAUAUCAUUUGUACAUGCACAACUUGCACCAUCUACUGACCAGAAGAGGUACCUUAAGACAAAGCUCUGCACCCAGUCUUAAGACACUUAAGGUCAAAGAAAAGCUUUUCAAAUGCAUAAGACAAAAGAAAAAGUUUAUUCCUGCACACUGUCAACACUCAGUUUAUAAAAGAUACAACUUUUCGGCCAUGGAUCAUCAUCAGGCUUCAAAUUUACAAUAUCAAACAACAACUUUAUACUAAAGUAAAAGGCUGCAAGAGCCAAUACAGGAGCUAGAUCUCAAACAGCUGUGAGAGUUACCACAUCAAUAAAUAAAAAACAUCCUUAAAAUUAGACAAACAAUAUAUGUCAAGAUCUACAGAAUCCUAAUAAAAUAAUAACCCGUCAAAUUAAGGAGGACAAGGUAAUUAUCUUGUAAUGUUUAUGUUCUCUUUAUCUCCAACGCUGAGGUAAAGUGACGUAGAAAGCACCAGUAGAGUUUCUGCGUGAUGACACCAUUUUGUAAACAAAGCCCUAUUGAGAAAUCCAAAGAGUUUUGUGGAGCUGAUAGUUAGGUUUUUUAGUAGGUCUUUGGAUGCUGAAAGGGCUGCAGCUUUUUUUUUUUUUUUUUUUUUUUUUUUUUAACAACCAAUGGGUUGUUUUCAUUUAAGCCUGACCGAGAACAUGAGGAAAGACAAUAUGGUCUAAUUCCAGGGCAGAAGUACUCCCCUAGGACCAGGAUUGACAUUAGUUAUUGGAAUCUGUUCGAGUUUGGAAGCUUGGCCUUUGUGGUCUUUCCUUGUUUCCAGCAUGGCACAUGUCCCAGCACAUAUUUAGGAUUUGGUUCUUGGGUUUGUAACCUAGUAUGGCUAGUGUCAUAAAACUAGUUUGGUUCCUUUCCUCUUAUCUUGAUACCUGAUGUAGGACCAUGACCCAAACGUAUCCUUAAUGAGCUGACAGUAUGCAGAAAGGUUUCAGUAUUAAAUAGUUUAUAUUUCAAUUUAAUAUCAUACUGUGAAUGAUUACUUUCCAGCCAUUUCAGUACUGAUGGUUAGUUAUUGAUAGGAGACGUUGGUCUUCUGCAGAGCUACUCAGACUGACUGGGAAACAAGAUGCAGGAAUCCACUACCAGAGUGUCGCCAAAUUGUUCUGAAGUGUACACUGAAAUUGGACGUCUUUUAAACGUUGCUUUGGUUUUGUCCCUUUUUCUGUUUUUGUACGUGAUGCCUGGUGGUUGUUACCACUGAACACCGUGUUGGCUCCCCAUCAAUGAAACUGGUUCCAACACACACACUGCAGUGAUGGUUUUGGACAACAGACAAGUCAACAUUGAUCUUGAUAUUGUGUCAAAAGUCAAUGCGUGUCCUCUCUUAUCUGGAACGGCUGUUUGUUUUUGUAUUUAUAAGGGAACUCUUUAUUUUUCUGGUGAAUUAAGUAUGUUGUGGAGUAAUAACAUAAGUAAUGUGGAUUUACUAAAGACCUUUUUACACAAGAUUUUGACUUGUCUGGUGUUCAUAGAUCCUAAACUUGUCUUAAAUGCACCAUCAGCUCAACUCUUUCCCCCACUAUGGCUGCCAGUCGGAGUGGCUAAUUUUUCUGUUCUAAUGGUGUUUGCUUUUACCCUGAAAUGUUGAUGUGAAAUGGAAAAGCACAAAAUAGUUUAGUGAAGCACAAUAGGUACUGAACCGCACUCAGGCAUUGAGAAGGAGGUUGUUAUUUACUAAAGUAUGUCAUCAAUUUAGAAUAACACCUGGAAAUCGCCUACCAAACUUAAAAUGGUUCUUUCCAUCCCAUCUGUGCUCCUUCUUAACUCCAAGACCUUAAUCUUUCUGCUCAGUGUUCGGUGCAAAACGUGAAUGUAAUUAUCAGGUGGAUUUUCAGCUGUUUGAUUGUCAUAGGUUUCAGGAGCAGGAGAGAGGAGGUGUUAAUUUUUCUGAGUUUUCAGACAUUUUCCUCAAGUCUGAGUUUGCUGCAGUGACUCAAACUGAACGUACACUCUGUGCUGUGAGACGGUGCCCAAAAGUGCUUCAGUGUUGAUUCACAUUUAAGGACCUUUAUUUGAAUACAAAAGUGGUAUUUACGUUACGAAAGUCAUCAGUUUAUGGAGUUCUAUUUGUGACUAAAAUGUGUAUGAGGCCCAAAUUUAACUCCAUGUGUGUUCAAUAUUGUAUGACUUGUUAGACAUGUGUAUCUGCUCACACUGUGGGGCUCUCUUGUGCCGAUGUAAAUACUGAAUCUGUAUCGCUGUGAUGUAAAACAAAUAUUAAACCAGAGUCUGAGCCUUUUGUCACAGAAAAAAAGUUUAUUUAAAUAAAA